UGAAACUCUACUACUAAAGGAACUAGAAGGUACAACCUCUUAACUAAUUCAUUAAGUAGUAAGUUCUAAGUAUUGGUUUUUGUGGAAACAAAGAGUGGUUUUUGUGGUCGUCCUUUUUGGGCCUUGUCGUACUAGUUCCUGUAGGUCGUCAGUGUUUAAAGUUCAUACUCUUUAAACAAAAUCAGAAAAGAACGGAGUCGAAGGUCUACGUUUAAGAUUGUGCUACAAAGAAAAGAGAAGUAGCAGGGAAAGUAAAUCGUCCCUGCGAAAAGCUCCUGGUCGUUGUGGACGUCUGCUAGUAGCGCCAAGCAAGAUGGAGUGCGCACUGCAGGCCGGAACGCCCCUCAGCAGCACAAGCAAAGCCGACCGUUUUAUGGCCUAUCCAAGGUUCCUGAUGUACUUUCUGGGAUGAUGAUGUACUUAUUGAUAAACGCAUAUGUAGCCAGCAUGAGCAUGUAAGAUUGGAGCCUUUCGAAUUACAAGGAGAGAGAUCAAUCGUCUCCACAUUCUACUCUCUUCUAAAGAUUGUCGUGGGGAUAUUCUUCAUUCAAAUUAUAUGUUUUUUCAAAGUUUUAUAACAUGCAAGGCUAUUUUUAGAACUACUAGAUCGCGAAAAUUUACCACUGUUCUUAUGCUUUUCUUCGAUCGUUCAUUACGUCGCCUUCUUGCAAGAGCAGUACAACUUGCGGCGUCUCUCCACCGCCUGACGCGAGCAGCCUCACACACGGUUCCCCUCACGUGUUGCCGCAUGAAGAAGCCUCUGCGAUGAAGAGCGCACAACUGGGAAAGCGGAUUGAGAUCGAACAGCUCUCAAGUUGCAAGAAGAAGCUGAAUCAAGACACGACGACCACUGACAUUACGGGUCGUGGUUUUUUUAUUAUUGAGUCCUCUGAUACUGAUAGCUGCUUUUUGUUUUUAGCUACAUCAACUCAAACACUAGCUGAAUAUCACUACAACAGGUCAUGGCUUCUCGUUGUGCCGGGUCAGCAAUUCGAUAAUGAAUUAUAUAUAUAUGUUGCUACGAGUAGAUUCACAUCAUCGUGUUGGUCCGAGUGCUGGGAGUUGGAGUAGAUGAAAAUUCAUUUCUUCGUAAUACAAAAUUGAUUCUCUAACAUUCUUGGUUCCGAAGCGACACCCGAACAGGGGCGAUCGCAAAAUGCAGCUGCGGUCGUGGCAGCUGCGGCUGCCGCAGCCAAAGAUGCUCUCUCCAGCGGUAGAGCGAGCACCAGCGGAAGUACUAGCGCGAUAUCCACCUCGUCGAGCGCAACUACGACCUCGUCUGCUGGUGGGAAAAUCCAGCACAGCACGGGGGCCGUGAUGAAGGCGCACUCAGCUGCGAUGGCAGCGCACAACAUUCAUGGAGCAGCUUCGAAGUAUAGCCAGAAUCACCCGGGGCUGUUGAAUAUGAAGAUUAUGGCUCUUCGACUAUUAGCAGAAAGAAAGAGAAAUUCACAAGAGGAUGGACUACAUCCACAGCUACAAAAGUUGUAGGUAGUGGAAGUAGUUACUUGCACUUGUUUGAUAUGGGUCUGCCAGUUCUCAAACAUUUCAUGUACUACUAAUGCUCAUAUUAAGAUGAUCCUUCGUUAGAAUCAAUGCUCAAAAUGAUUGUCCUUACUCACUUGCUUCCCAAGUGUCUAAGAAUGAAGAGCAGCAGCAAAUGCAGACCCAGACGCCGCGCUUUUCCAAUGCUGCGACCGCUGGAGGUCAGGGAAAAGGAUCCAUCGUGAGCAGCAGCACAGAACCGCCCGCGGGUAUGAACAGACACCUGACCAAUAAGGCAGCAGCGCUCAAAAUCAACGGAACUGUGGUUCAGCGCGGCACGCGCUUUUACGACGUCUACGGAUGGGUUCGGAUGUUUAACCCGAAUAAAGGAUGGGGCUUUAUUCUGUGCAACGAAUUUCCUGGUGAUGUUUUCCUGCACACGAAGCACGUAAAGGGAGAUUGCCCGCUUGAGUAUAUUUUAAUAUCUAUCAACGAUAGCGUCCUCGUGGAUGCAUUUUUCUAGUAGACUUUAUUAGGUAUUGUUGGUAGAAGUAGAUGAGUUGUUGAUACUAGUAUUUUUUGUUAGUCUUUCUUUUCUCGUCGGACACGGAACAGCAAGAUGAAGCUACGACAAUCAAAACUAACAUGUUCAGCUACAUCGGUCAUUUUAACCAUGCGACGAGUGCUGGUGCGCGGCUCUCGGUGUGCUUCGACUUGGAUUUCUCCAACGAUGUUAGCAAGCCUCAAGCCCUGAAUGUCCGGCUGUGCAGCGAGAAUAAGAUCAUGAAGUAUGGCCACCAUAAUUCCUUGUCGUCAUACUACAAUUCCACGAAAGGGGGAAGCGGAGGCUACUACAGUUCCAAUUCCAAAGGUUCCUCGGGACAACAUUACUCGAAAGAGGGCGCAACGGGAGACAACUGGAGCACCGGUUUUUCUACUAUAGUUUUUAAUGCAGUUCACUCACAUACUCUACCCAUUGGCAUUGGAGAACGUCAUUUUCAUAAAGAAAUUUUUACCAAUAAAUGUUUCAAAGGUCUGUUGGUACUUCUUAUUUCAUCAACAAUUAUGACCGUCUGGAAGAACCACUGUUGAUUUGACUGAUCGUCUUCUAUUAUCAAUGCAGGGCACCCCACUCCCGGUCCCAGCGCGCCCGUGAGAUCUACUGGCUACCCACAGCGCUACAGUAAUAUGGAUGCGCAUUCUGGGUCUGCACAACAAAUGCAAAAGGCGGGGUCCGUCAAGGGUAAGGGGAAAGGGUCGCCUGAGCCCGAUGUUCGAUCGCGUUGGAGUGCCUUUACGCCAGCAAAGACAGAGUAUUAAAUUUUUGCACCUGAUAAAUUGGAGGCAAUAUUAUGUUUCUCCGCAUGGGCGUUUUUUCGAGUCAGGAUAUUCUUCAAUAACCGCUUUCAAAAGUAGUUCUUCUGCUCGAACGCGUGAGGCGUACUGGCGUUAACAAAAAUCUUUACUGAAAAACUCAGAGUUGCGUCGGCUUCCGCAGCAGCAGCUACGCCAGGCCCCACAGCGAGUGCAGCGGUGGCAACGCCCGAAAUUUACCAUGCUGGUGCAGCUUCACCUGCAUUGAUGCCGUGGAUGGAGGGGGCGGAGUGGGAUCCUUGGGCAUACGAACUUGCCACCUCUGCCGAUCCCCUUUUGGUAUACAUCGAAGUAUCUGAUCGCUCUUAGUUUACCCCGCAGUUUCAGUUUGUCGAUCACUUCUCUCCUACGUACUUGCUAUAGUUUUUGUCAUAGCAGGUUUUUUUAUCGAUUUGUCUGAACAACCCUCAAUGAAUACAGAACCCGUACGCCGAUCUCACUGGACUUACAGCACAUGCUCAUGCGCAUCCGGAAGGCUUAUUACCCUUCGAUCCGUCGCUUGCCGUUGCCGCUGCUUAUCCGGAUCAGGUUCUAUUGCAUUUACAUUUAGAUUUUAGAAGCGUAAUGCUUUCCUUCAGAAGAAAAAUUCUACAAAAAGUAUUAUAUUGUAAGUCGCGUUGUCACCGAUGUACUUAGCAUGAAUUCAGCACGACAAAAAUUUCAAAAUCUUUCGUUAUGAAGACUGCUAACUAGAAGAAGUUGAACUCAAUCAUGAAUGCGAAACCAUGAACACUUACAUUUAUAUAUGAUCCAGGGCUUGGGGCUGCCGGGGGUGGAAGGCCUCAAAAGGGGGCCAAGUGGGCGCCUUCGCUCCCUUCCAGGUGCUUGGCUCUCCCUGGAGGCCUCCAACGUAAGGAGGUGGCAGGCCUCUGAAGGCUGCAAAAGCCGAGGGGCUGGCCCCCUUGAGCCGUGCAGCUUGUUCCCUCCGGGCCCUUGGGCAUUGGCUUGCUUGCUCUUGCGACCGUGGCCGCCCUCGGCGGCCUUUUACCCCGGAGACCUCCCGCCUGCGAGGGUCAGCAAAGGCCAGGAGGAUCCGGCUGAGAGGCUCAAGGACCCGCGCCAAGUUUGGACGCCUUCCGCCACUAGAUUCCGCGCCGAAAUGCGCGCGGAAAAGCGCGCGCGCGCCACCACAGACCAGACCACAGGGGAGGGGGGGCGCCGUCCCGCCCUAAAUCAUAUAAGAGGAAAUGACUUUUUUACCGCACAAAGAAACGGAAACUCAGAUCUCGAUUUUGGAUCCUUCGGCUGUCAACCCUGCGGUGCUGGCAGCAAACGCUUCCGUGUUGCCCACGACAGCUACUAUGAACUUCAGCAUUAUAGAAGAUUUAUAGGUAGAAGUCCUAUUAGACUCGUGAUUCUUGAUUUGACUUUUUUGUCCCGCCAUUAGGCUAGUAGUACUAAAUGGGAAAGUUUCCCAUUUAGUACUACUCCUACCGUGAGGAUGAUACAGAGAUGCCGCGCGUACUAAAAAUGGUAACAUAUUACUUAUUACACGAAUUAUCGUGAGUUUAUAUGUCGAGCUCUAACUUGGCUGGUAUUCCCUUAGCCACUGCGGGAGGAGCCGUCGUCAGCGCUAGCGGUCUGCCGCUGACUGUACAGGCGGGUCAUCAAAGUUAUCAUCUUGCUGCAGCGACAGCGGCUGCGGCUAAUACUCAUCACAUCUUCGCGGCGAACGCUGCUGCGGCCAAUGCAGCAGCUGCGAAUGCGGCGGCUGCAAACGCUGCGCUCUACAGUCCGUUGCUUAAUCGAGCGAAUCUUGUGGCUCAGCGGGCAGGUAUUCAAGAAGGACACCUAGUAAGUUCAAGAAUAUAAAAUUUGUGUCCUGAUUAGAAGUUGUGGCUCAAAUGCCGCUACUGACAUCUUAAGAAACCGACCUGCAUCGUACUGACACAUUGAUAACCCGAGACUCUGGUCUGCUUAUCGCAUUUGGAUCUCACUCGCAGCCGCAGCUAAUCGGCAACUGGCACGCGGUGGGACGAAAUACAGCCCCGGGGUCGGGCAAAAAUACACUCCUCUGGGAGGAGCUGCGGGAGGUGCACCGGGAUAUCUACUCUCGGCUCCGCAUGCCCAUCUGGAUGUCACGAAUACGCAGCACCUUGGCCCCAUGAUUGCUGGCGUCGGGCAGCCGAGUAUGGCAACAUUGGUUAUGACGUCUAAAAAUGCUGAAGGUGUGAAAGUUUCAAUUUGCUUCCAUACGUUAGUAAGUACUAGUAGAAGUGAAGCUUGUCCUUGAUCAUGAUACCCGCUGAUGCGCACCUGCGAUUAACUGCAAUAUGGGAUGGUCGAGGUCGACGACGUUUUCCAUGCAUUUCUAAGUUUUUUCCUGCCGCAGGCACAGGUAUUGUUCCGGGAUCCCUUUUGGUUGGCACUAUGGACCCCACACUCCUUGCUGCACCAGUAGACGCUGGGGCAGACAGCCUUGUUUAUGGCGCACCGGAGAAUCACCUUGCAGCGCCGCAUGUCAUGUGGUAGCCGCUCUCUACGAGAAGCGGGUGCUGUGGUGCAGUAUCGACAACAACCUGAAGUUGCGGGGGAUUAUGGAAAGUAAAAAAAGGUAGACAUGAAAUGAUGAUGGCUUCGGGCGGUGAUUCGUUCUUGUCCACCUCGUCUGAGCUGGCACGAAGUUGUCAUUGAUGUCUUUACAUUUAAUUAGGGUUGUGGUUGUGGAAAUUGUCAGGAGCUGGUUGUAGACGAGUCCCGCCACUAGGCUUGGAGUACUAAAUGGGACACCAUGAUAAUGAAGAGUCCAGAGAUGAGAGCCCGUGUAGCGGCUGAAGAAAGCAGAUGCGUCUUCCCUUGCGCGACUUUUGCCUCAGACUCAAAAGUUACAACUCAGCUUCUUGACUAGUGAGUAGCUGCUUCAAUUUUAGUGGGCGAGGAGGACAUUUUUUGCCCGUGACAAAAUCCUUGCAAUUAUAGCGUUUAGUAAGGAAGGGUUACGUUAUAUUCGUUUUGCUACAAUGGAAGUAACUAUAAUGAGAAUUAUAGAAUUACAAUUACAUUAAUAACGUUAACGAUGGAUAUUGACGAUACCCUGUAGUUGAGCUGGUCCAUAUUAAUUAUUUAUCAUGAUGAUUUCGACUUCAAUGGCCUAGGUUACAGGUGACGAGGUUCAUCGUGUCGUAGUGGCAGCAAUUGGUGAACACUCGUACGCAAGAGCUCUCUCCAAAUAGAUGAGAAUAUAUAGUAUCAAGAUUGCACAUUUUUAACCAUGUAUGUUUCACGUGGCAUUCUGAACAUUCUAGUGAGUAGAGUACUAGAACUUAUUUUGUACGUAUAUCGAGCUCGUCAUACCUCAGUUGAUACUGUCAUACUAGGGAAGUAGUCCCAACCUGGGACGUCAAACUCCUUUUUGUACUCAAGUGCGUCGAACAGUGUGAUGUCUAGAAAAAAGUGUCUGGUCGUUGUCCUUGUCGUGGAUAUUCCAGGCGUCCGCAAAUUUUUGUUGCUACGCUAACUAUUUCGCUUUCAAGACUAACAUCAAUUUAUUUCGUUGCUCACCUUGUUCAUUAUCUUAUCGUAAUGGGUUUUCAUGCGUGGCAUCCCUGACGGUCUGUGAAAAAAUAUACAAUCAAUAUUUUAGAGCGAACAACAAGAACAGCAUCCAAGAAGGAAGUCAUGUGUUGUAUCCGGACAUAGUCACAGUGUCAUUGUCAUCAUGUUUCUAGUAAUUUUUCCUUUGAACAACAUAAAAUUCAAAUCGUUUCUGAUGUCGAGAAUAUAGCAAAAAGUCAUAAGUCGCCGUAGUCGUGUUUUAUGUAUUUCUGCUAAGUUCGUGUUGUAUAAGUUUUCGUUGUAGUGUUUAUUGAUUGUGCAAUAGAUUUUCUCUUGCCCCCCGUCUAUCUUGGUGUCCGUUCUUCUCGAUGAUGUGUUUGUAGUAGGUUUCAUUUUGCUUCGGUUUUUGUGGUAAGAACUCGUGGGGGGAAAUUGGAAAGCGUCAAUUAUAUAUAAUUCUUAGGCAGGAGGUGUACUUGAGAAAUCUACGAGUGACAGCUUUUUUUACGUUUACAGUGAGGACAUUUCCUCGUCAUGUAUCAACAUUUGAUCAUCGACUCAUAAGUCAUGUCCUUGGUUCGCACGUCGCUGGUCCAAUGAGGCUUAGCAAGGAUUGUCGUGCAGUUUAUCAUGACAUUCUAGUUAUUUCAUAACUCAUCCAAGACCAAGAACCAUUAUAAAGAUUUCUUGAUAUUACAACAUAGUUAGCUAAGCUCCGAUGAGACGAGGGGCGGUUGUGGAAUACAGAAUAGACGAGAAAUCCUUGGGAAUAUUGAAGUAACAUCAUCGAUCGCAUGAGCUGUUCGCGACGAAGCAAGAAGCGACGCAAGAUUAGUGGCUUGGCUUUACUGCAGAUGGAUCGAUCAAGAGCGUCCUUCGGGGAGCGGGGGAGAUGCAUUGACUGAUUCUCAUCUGCUGCGAAUCAACAAAACCCCAAAAGAUCCUUUUCAACGACUGUGAGGAUGUACUAUGUAUCAUUCCUAUUUACUUCUUCAGCACUCACUUCACGUGCCCGUCCGCGUGAUUGUCUACUUAGGUUAUUUGAACGCUGCGAGC